GAGAUGGAUAAACCGUCCCAUCUGUCGCUCGUCCUCGACCUCUCCCCUUCCCAAUGGCUCCUCUCCGCUCAGCACACGAACCCCUUUCCGCUUCCUUUCCACACCUUCCUCGCACACCUCCUCACCUUCCUCAACGCCCACGCCGCCGCACAACACGAUAACUCCCUCGCCGUCUUCGGCGCCUUCCCCGGGAAGAGCGUGCAGCUCUAUUCCUCGACUGACCCGCACACGGAGCCUGAUGAAGGCUCCCCCUCUCUCGCGAAUGCAGUAGCAGACGCCAACUCAUAUCGGCCGUUCAAGCUCGUCGACGCUGCCAUCGCACGCGCCAUCGCACGCGAGCUAGACCUACUCGGCGAGCAGGAUGAAGAAGCACCCGUCGCCCUAGUCGGUGCACUCACCAAAGCGUUAUGCUAUAUCAACCGCAUCACGCACGUCCCCGCCGGGGCGACCACACCUGAAGACCCCGCCACCCAAGCUUCCCCCCGCAUCCUCAUCCUCUCCGUUUCCCCCGACCUCUCCUCCUCGUACAUCCCCAUCAUGAACUCCAUCUUCUCCGCGCAGAAGCUGAAAAUCACGAUCGACGUGUGCAAGCUGUUCGGGCCCGAGACAGUCUUUCUGCAGCAAGCCGCCCAUCUCACGGGCGGGUCGUACAUCUACCUCGAGCGGCGUGACGCGCUGCUACAGUACCUCAUCAUGUCGUUCCUCCCACCUCCAGCGGUCCGCGCCGUGCUCGCCGUGCCGACGCAGGACAAGAUCGAUUUCCGCGCGGCGUGCUUCUGCCACAAAAACAUCGUAGACAUCGGCUUCGUCUGCUCCGUCUGCCUCUCCAUAUUCUGCUCACCGGUCCCAGUGUGCUCGACCUGCCGGACAAAGUUCCCCAUCAAGACGCUCCAGCGUCUGAACGCGUCCCGACCGCCAGGGCCCAUCAACAGAGCUGCAGGCAGCGGUACCGGUGGGGCGGGCGCGGCGAACGGGACGCCCCCGAGGCCAUUACAGUCGGCCGCGGGGCGCCAGAACACGCCAUUAUCAGCGAGCUUGCGGUAAGCCUCUGGUAAGCCCUGGAUUUGCAGAGCGUGCGUUCGGGUACUGUGUGGACGUUGGGACGUUUUUGUAUUAUUAAUCAAGUGUAUCACUGU